UUCUGGCACUAUGGUCAUGGCGGAGGGGAUGGCAGUGUUGAGGUGGAACAGGCCAGGCACCAAGGCGCAGGAUUUCUAUAAUUGGCCUGAUGAAUCCUUUGAUGAAAUGGACAGUACACUUGCUGUCCAGCAGUAUAUUCAGCAGAACAUAAGAGCAGAUUGCUCCAAUAUUGAUAAAAUUCUUGAACCACCGGAAGGCCAAGAUGAAGGUGUAUGGAAAUAUGAACAUUUAAGGCAAUUCUGUCUUGAGCUACAUGGACUUGCUGUCAAACUUCAGAGUGAAUGCCAUCCAGGUACUUGUACUCAAAUGACAGCAACUGAACAAUGGAUUUUUCUGUGUGCAGCUCAUAAAACUCCAAAAGAGUGUCCUGCUAUAGACUAUACUAGACACACGCUUGACGGUGCUGCAUGUCUUCUGAAUAGCAAUAAAUAUUUUCCUAGCAGGGUUAGCAUAAAGGAGUCAUCUGUAGCAAAACUACGAUCAGUAUGCCGUAGGAUUUAUAGAAUAUUUUCGCAUGCUUAUUUUCAUCACUGGCAGAUAUUUGAUGAAUAUGAAAAUGAAACUUUUUUGUGUCAUCGGUUUACUAAAUUUAUGAUGAAAUACAAUUUGAUGUCCAAGGAUAACCUGAUUGUACCAAUUUUGGAAGAGGAAGUUCAGAAUUCAGUUUCUGGAGAAAGUGAAGCAUGAAGGGAAUCGUACAGAAAAAUGUACUGAUCACAUAAUUAACAUUAAUUAUGUACUGUAUAUAUCAUUUUAGACACAUCAAUCAUGUAUCCAUAUUAUAGCUUCUUUGUUUAGAAUAGGUUUUUGUAUGCUGUGUGUUGCCUUUUAAAAGGGGAAAUACUUCUAAAGUUAUUCAUGAGCUGUAUAUUCACCGGUGUGGCA